AUGCAACCUUUACCCAAAAUAUUGCCUCCAUUUCCCCAACGUCUCAAAAAGAAGAAUGAGGAUGAGAGGUUCAAGAAGUUUUUAUCGAUGUUCAAGACAUUAUCAAUUAAUCUCCCUCUAGUUGAAGCAUUGUUGGAGAUGCCGGGUUAUGCCAUGUUUAUGAAGGAGUUAGUCACAAAGAAAAGGAGCUUGGAUUUUGAGAAAAUUGAAGUUUCUCAUAGCUGUAGUGCAAUUAUGACUGAGGAGCUGAUCAAAAAGAGAGAAGAUCCCGGAGCAUUCCCCAUCCCUUGCACCAUCGGCAUGCUCCAAUUUGGUAAAGCCCUAUGCGAUUUGGGAGCAAGCAUCAACUUAAUGCCAUAUGCGAUCUAUAAACAACUUGGGUUGGGUGAAUCGAAAGCCACAACAUUGAGACUCUUGAUGGUGGACCUAUCAAUUAAACAUCCUAUGGGGAUACUAUAUGACAUCUUGGUAAAGGUUGACCGAUUCAUUUUAUCGGCUGAUUUUUUCAUUCUCGAUUGUGAAAUUGAUGCAGAAAUUCCCAUCAUUUUGGGAAGACCAUUCUUGGAAACCGGGAGAGUGUUGAUGGAUGUAGAAAGCGGAGAACGGAAGUUUUGGGUGAACGAAGAUGAAGUAACCUUUAAUGUUUGUAAGUCAAUGAAACACCCAAGUGAUAUUCACGUGGUCUCCACUGUUAAUGUUAUUGAUAAGGCGGUGGUUAGUGUUAGCCAUUUGAUGUGUAUGAGUUAA